CCCCACGAACGGAUUCCGCCCUUUAGAUCCCCGUUUCACAAUCUUCCCCAAUUCGUAACUGAGGCAAAAAUCAAGCUAGGGCGGGCGCCCUACCUUGCCCUACUGGCUACUGGGUCCUCCGCCCGUGGCUGGCUGAUUCGCGCGCCGUCUCGUCCCAAUCGCUUCAGCUCCUCACCCGGAACUUGAGAUGCUCCACUCAUGGCGGAAUCUGGACCGUGUCUACCGAUCUGCUUAUGAGUACCCCUGGAUCCUCAUGGCAAGGAACGUUAUGUAUAGAUCUGCUUGUCAGUACCCCUGGAUCCUCAUGGCAAGGAACAUUGCAGCGGGGCAUCCCAAGCUGCGGUACCGCCACUCCCCUUAUGACAUUGAUCUUUUCUGCAUCUCCAAUCAUGUCCCAGUUGAUAAGCAUUUUGCCAUCACUAAGAGGAAAAUUAUGAGAGAAAUACAAGUGACGAGGAUGAGAGACUAUGUGAUGCCCUUCGAUGCCAUCGAGGGUACCAGCCAUCGUGAUGGUUCUAUAUACAAGCAUUUUGCUUUGUUAAAAUAUCAUCGUAUUACUGAACCUGAUGAGACACCACUGGAGCCGCCCACUUGCCUGCCUGGUCGCAAAAGGUGCCUUGUGCAUGUUUUGCAGGGUUCUCCCAUUGAGAUGACUUGCCCUAAACGAGGCAUCUCAUUUGCUUGCUCCGUUCUUGUUGAGUUCGACAUGAGGAUUAAGAAAGGUGGAUAGGCGUCGCGGUUAGUAUAUGGACAGACGAGCGGUACAGUACUUUUUCCAAACUUGCAAUAAAACAACGACAAGUAUUUAGAAACGGAAUAAGUACUGUUGAGUACACAUCAUGCAUGCGUAUGUAUUGCAUAGGGCGGCACGAUUCAUGCACUACAAAAUAUGUACAAAAUGUAAACCGUGCCGUGUAUUAAUAUUUUAGCAGCUACAGCCACUUAGGACACUGUUUUUAUGUAUUUACCUUUUCUUAUUCUCUCUGAGGGUUCUUUUGUGUCAGUGUAUACACGGUCUUUUUCUUUAUAUUUACAAGACACAUUAAAAUAACGUACAUGCAUGCGCAAGCACACGGAGGAUCGUUGUUUUUACUAACAAUGCUUCUGGACUAAAGUUAUGAUCGAUAAAUCCUUGAUUGAUAUUAUUUAUAUUUUAUUCUUGGGUGCAUCUUGUGUCACCUACAUAGGGCGUGUUGGACAUGGUACGUACAGCCAAAAAAUUGAAACGUAUACUAGGACCAUGUCUGAGAUCAAUACUCAGACAAGAAGAAAUUAAACGAGGAGCUGUACGUCCGCCCGUGUGUCUGCAGGGUCCGAGGGGGACAGCACGCACGUGCGCCAGCUUGGAACCGCACGUGACUACUCUCCUGUACGUUAGCCUAGUCUUCCAAAUAUUUGUUCAGAGGAUUUCAACAAAAGCAAUUAAACUAGAGCGCGUACUAAUAUUUAUGUUUGUUCUGCCGGCUUGUUUUUGGCAAAAAAAUAAUAAUAUCUAGGACCGGUUAGCAGCUUCUUUCAAUUAUUGGCAACGUGUGUGUAGCUUUCACCAUGGUUUGCUAUGUCGGCACGUUAUCUCUAGCUCCCGGUGGCUAUCUUUUUCUCAUCUAUCCAUUUCUCCAACACUAGCUAGCAGGGCUCUCUACAUCAUCAUCAAGCGGCCACCUUUCGCCCGGCCGUCACCAAUCCACUGUCCAGGAGCGCUAAUUAUCAGGCCACGCGAUAAUUAAGGAAAAAGAUUGGUAUACGUACGUGCGUGCUCUGUUAAAUGAUAACCGUCGGCGGCUCGUGCCGUGAAUAUCUUUUCUCCCCCCAUGUAAUACUCUCGUUUACUCUGGUUCUUUGAAAUAAUAUAAAGUGAAUUCCGUUUUUCACCACCAAGUUCCAAUUUUUUGACCCCAUUUAAUGGAUUUUUCAUUUUUUAUCCCAUUUAACAAAACUUUUACCACUUACGACCCCAUUUAAGAUUUUUGCCAUAAUCCUCUCCGUCUUGAGACAGGUGAGACCUGCUUUUUAGGCUUCCAGUGCGCUUCCUUUGUCUCUCAUCAUCUGAAAUUAUCUCAACAUGACUUUGAGAAACACCUAGUACGUACUUAUCCUCUCUCGCCUAUACUGUUAUCCACCAAUGAUCGACCAUUUCUUUUCUUUUAACACAGCAUGCACGCGUUUGGCAGCGAUUUGCAAGACGUCAAUGCCAUGUGUAGUCUAGUUUAUUUACCGUUCCAAAAGCUGUCGUGCCCCGAGAGAAUCUGUAGAACGUGUAAAGACGCAUGGCCUGCCUGGUUGCUUCUUGCCGGCCACUAGAUCGAAACGUGUUGACGGUGAUCUUGUACGAUGAGUUUGCAUGAGAAAUAAGUAUGUAACAGUGGUAAUUGCUAAAAAUAUUCAGGUGGGAAUUCUCCCCCCGUUGAUUGCUAAAAAGAAAAAUAUUAUAGCAGUGGGAGGGAGGACGUACGGCUAAGAGCAAAACAAAAUGAUUUUGCCUAUCAAGUUAGCGGGCCUUCGUUGCGAUUUCCAGAUUUUGUUUACGGGCUUUCGAAUCUGAAAAGAGGGCAAAUUUGCAAAUGGUCCGGCCCACGAAAGAAGCCCGUCUUCCAGAAGGCUGCUCCCCGUUGCUCUAGCUGUGAUCUGCAGCACAAUUUCAGGACUAUCCCCGCCGCCACCGGCGGCCUCCUUUGACCUUCCUUCUUCUCAGGCGAAACUCCAGCUAGCUUACCCCCACGUACCCGCGAGGAAAUGGUGGGGAAGCUCAAUCUGUCCCUGUCCAGCACCAGCAGCGGGGGCGGACAUUUAGACAAAGCUUCAUCGGCGGCGCAUCUCAUACCGAGCAGGAUGAUGAGAAGAAAAAGAACCCCGAGAAGCAGAGGAUGAAGAAACAGAGGCGGCGCUUGCUUGCGAAGAAGAGACUGGAGGACGCCGAUGGGCUGGCUUCAGGAGGAAGCAGAGGAUCGAGGCCAACAAGGAGAACAAUGACAAGGACACUUCAGUCUUGUGGAAUACUGGAAUAUGGAUCAAAGGAACAAGGAACAAUAUACUAGUAGUAGGAAAUUUUCAUUUGAUAUCAGUAUUAAAGGAAAAGACGCAGGAUUUCUACAAUUAAUUUGGACCUCUUUUCUUGAA